AUGCUUGACCAAAGCAUAUCUCAGAACAUGUGCGUUAGAGGUUAUGUGCAGCAGAUUAUGACAAAUAGCUCUCCUCGAUGCACUCGUAAUGGAGAUACCGUAAGGGAGGUACUUCCUUUGUAUAAAGCAGUCUGUGAUAGAAAUUAUAGUCAUAAAAUAAGUGAUAUACAAAUGUUUGUUCUCACGGAAUUAAAGGAUACGGUUAGAAUUCCACCAUGGGAAUUCAAACGAAAAUUAAACGACGCUAUUACAGAUGAACUUAACAGAAAAUUGGCCAACAAGGUUUAUCAUGACGUUGGUCUUUGUAUUGCUCUUCAUGAUAUUACAAAAAUCGAGGAAUCGUAUAUUUUUCCUGGAGAUGGUGCAUCUCAUACCAAGGUAGUAUUUCGUUACAUCGUGUUCCGUCCAUUUAUGGAAGAAAUAUUAAUAGGAAAGAUACGAAGCUGUAGUGUCGACGGUGUCCAUGUGACAUUAGGAUUCUUUGAAGAUAUUGUGAUACCACCUCAUAAACUGCAACAUCCAUCUAGGUUUGAUCAAAUGGAACAAGCAUGGGUAUGGGAGUAUGAUACAGGAGAUGGUGAAAAACAUGAUUUGUUUAUGGAUGCAGGGGAAAUCAUAAGAUUCAGGGUAAUAAAUGAAACGUUCACUGAAGCACUACCUACAGGGCCAAAUAUGUCUGGCGAAACUGAGACAUCAGAGGCUAAAAAUACAUCUCCAUAUAGCUUAGGAGUAGGUAUUUAUAUUUUGGAAAUAUGAUUAAGAUAUUGAUUAUCAGUCAUAUAUAUAAUAUAUAAUUAUAAUAUUAUAAAUAAUAAUAUCCUGUUCACUGAAAAAUAAUGGUUAUUUUAAUUUUAUUUCAGGGAGCUAUUGAUGAGCAAGGUCUUGGAUUGCUCACAUGGUGGGAAAAUACCUAA